AUGCAGCAAUGCAAAGAAGCUGGCAAGUUAAAUGAACAUAAUGAAGAUGGUCAUGGCAGUUUGCAGAAUGUGAACAACAGUGAAGCUGACCACUUAAGCACAGAAGAUGACAAGAGUGAUGCUUCUAACUGUGAAGACGAAGACGAUGAAGAGGAGAAUAAAAAUUCGCCCACAACUAGCUUGUUGGGUACUGACAUUCAAGAGAAUGUCAAUGAAGCUGACCAACAAAACACAGAAGAUGACAUUAGUAAUGCUUCCAGCUGUGAAGACAAAGACGAUGAAGAAGAAAAUGAAAAUUCGCCCACAACUACCCUGUUGGGUCCAGACAUUCAAGCGAACGAGGAAGACCUGUCAGAUUCCGAAGGAGACAUGCUUGAUGCUGCCAGGAGUGAAGAUGAAAACGAUGUGGACAGUGAAGACUUGGAGUGCAAUGCUAGUGGAGAAAACACAUCUCAAUUGUCAAUGGACAGUGAAGAUAGAGCAGAUACUGGUGACAAGCCCUUGUAUCCCGGUGCUCCACUUUCAAAAGGAGAAAGUUUACUGAUGCUGAUGUCCUAUGUGUUGUGGCACAAUUUAACUGGUGAAGCACUUACUCAUUUGCUGGAAAUGUUUAACAUAAUGUUUCCAGGCCUGAUCCCAUCUUCACAUCACUUGUUCCACAAAGAAUUUGGAAGAUCAUCUACAUUUGAAGUUCACUUUUAUUGUGAAAGCUGUUUAAAAUACUUUGGCAUUAGAGCUGACUGUCCCUCUCAAUAUUAA